UUCCAGGUUUGUGAAGAACAAAAAUGUGAAGAGGAAGUGUUUCCAUUAUCAAUGAACUAUUUAGACAGAUUCUUAAGUGUAGUGAAUAUUAAGAAGAGUCAGCUACAAAUGCUAGGAGCAGCCUGCAUGUUCCUUGCAAGUAAACUAAAAGAGACAAUUCCACUUACAGCAGAAAAAUUAGUUAUAUAUACAGACAAUUCUAUCACUUUAGAGGAACUAAUUGUAAGUAUCAAUUGCACUUUAAUUGACUUAAACAUGGGUUUAACAUUCCUGUUCUUGGUUUUUGAGUGUUGCCCUUUGUGCUUUAGAUGGCACAGGUAUAGAUAAAUGAAGUGUCCCAGCUGAAAAUGGUCCUAUAAAAGAUAUAAAACCAGGCCACAGUGAUAAAAAAUCAAAAUGAAAGACAUUUUAGUAGAACAUCAAGUGCGUCUAAUAUAGCAUUUAUCAACAAUUUAUUAAAUAUUAAACCAUUCAGAGGUAGUUUGAACUGACCAAAGGAAAUGUUGUUAGACCAAAUGACCAGGAUUUUGGUUUCCCAUGGUUAAAAACAUGAAUGAACUCUGAACUUUGGGUUUACAACUUCUGGGAUGUAGUAGGCUUGCACUGUGUGGAUACAGAAAUGUCACACCUAUGUGGAAAGUACCAUUAAUAGGUCCUUGAAUGAGAUACACAAUGGGAAUGAUUAUCAGAAGGCAAUGAAGAUCAAGAUAACUGAAGCUGUUAAUGCAUUCAUCUCUUUUAUCAGUGAACACACAUUAGGGUUAUCAAAAAUCACAAGUGGCAACAUUGAAAAACAAAUGCUAGUUUUAAAUAUUUAAUUUUCUGGCAUUUAUGCGAAUUUCAUGUCAUGUUAUAAAUUAUUUCAUUGUGUAAUUCAAAGCAUAGUUUUCACAUGUUCUAUUUCGUCUGGCUUUGGAAAGUCACACCAUCGCAGACACAGGAAAUAGACUUUCAUAGCUUCAUAUUCAAGUAAUAAUCUAUCAUUACUACUAAACCAUUGUUUUCAUUAAAUUUAUGAG